GUGAACGGACCGUUCCACGUUGCCUUUGCAGGGGUUAGUACCUCUCCGUAGCAGCGUGCAGGGAACAGGGGGUGGACGGCUGGUGGUGUUGCUUACAUCCCGGAUCUCGGCGUCAUGAGCACGCCAGGUGUCGGUGAGCUGCCACUCGCCAUCCUUCUGAUCCCAAACUUUCAUGCGGUGGUCGGACGAUGCUGUUACGAUGCGGUUGCCAUAGAAGUUGAACUUGGUGACCGAUACCAAGUCACGAUGACCGGCGUCGAAAUCGGCGAAUCCAGACAUGUCGGGCCGAGGGGUAGUCGGUGUCACCAACCCAAAAUAAAGCCUGGCAAGCAGCCUCAGCCACCACGGUGAGGCAUACAGACACGUACUAAAUUGAGAGCGGCCGGUUGGCGACGAAUCUCCAUGUAUGGAAUCCAGCGGGACGUGCAUGUGAAGCCGGCGAAACAAUCCCGUCGAAUGGCUGGGAGGGAGCAGUUAUGUAAGCCGUCGAAGCCUGGGGAGCCACGUACACCGCCUGACGUGGCGGUCGCAAUCAUCCGGCAGAAUUUACAUACUGUCUAGUGUCUUUGCUUUAAAUGCCACAUUGCAUUGCGCGUCCUCGGCGUCGUCUGCUUUCUCUCGACAGGAGAGUUAUAUUUUGGACAGGAGCCAGUGAGACAGGCAUGCUGGCAUCGGUCCGUUCAUGAUGAGUUCCGCAACUUCCAGUUCUCUCUCCUCGCGGGAGACUUGGCGUCUGUUGAUCCUUGUGGGGGUCUGCCUGGGUAUUAUCUUCAAUUCAUUCCAAGGUGAAGGCGCGCCCUUGGUGGCGUCAAUUGCCUUCAGUGGGAUCGUAUUUGCGAUCACCUUCAGUCUGAUCCGAUGGCUUGGACCCGUGUUUGUGAAAGCUGGCCUGAAGGGCAGGGAUAUGGCGAAACCUCGAAGACCGGAGAUUCCCGAGACCAUGGGCGCAGUAUGCGCUAUUGUCUAUCUUCUAGGCCUCAUUUUCUUUAUUCCUUUUGCCUUCUACAAGGAUAUUGUGGCCGCUACUUCGGGUGGAGGUAAUCGCGAUGUUGUUCUGGAAGUCGAGCAUGUUGAAAAUGGACGGAUGCUACAUCGGUUUCCUCAUGGAAAACUUGCAUCCUAUCUCUCUGGACUGCUCUCUCUUCAAUGUAUCGUCAUACUGGGUAUUGGUGAUGACCUACUUGACAUUAGAUGGAGACACAAAGUUCUCAUACCAGCAUUCGGGGCAAUUCCAAUGCUCAUAGUGUACUUUGUGGACUUUGGUGUCACCCAUGUGGUAGUCCCGGUGCCAUUGCAGCCCUACCUAGGAUCCUUUGUCGAUCUUGGUUGGCUUUAUUAUGCGUACAUGGCUGCGGUUUCUAUAUUCUGUCCUAACUCUAUUAACAUGUUAGCCGGUAUCAACGGCGUGGAGGUCGCUCAAUCUCUCGUGAUUGCGGUCCUGCUCAUUGCGAAUGAUUUGCUGUACCUCGCGCCCAUUACGCCAUUCCCACAUCCCGCUACCGACUCGCACCUCUUCUCUCUAUACCUUCUUCUUCCAUUUGUCGGUGUAUCGCUGGCCUUGCUGUUCCAUAACUGGUACCCGUCCAAGGUCUUUGUUGGGGACACUUACUGCUAUUUUGCUGGCAUGGUGUUUGCCGUCGUUAGCAUUCUAGGACACUUCAGCAAGACCCUCCUGCUUCUCUUCAUUCCGCAGAUCUUCAACUUUCUGUAUUCGACUCCUCAGCUUUUCAAGUUGAUUCCAUGCCCCCGACACAGGCUGCCACGGUUCAACGGCAUCAGCGGUCUGCUGGAUGCUUCCGUGACGGAAUGGACUGUGCCACCUUCGCCGCUCGUUGCGACUGCCUUGGAUCUUCUGCACAGCCUGCGACUAGUACGCGUCACGAAAAACGACAAGGGCCAGAUCGUGGAGUCCACGAAUCUCACUAUUCUCAAUCUCUGGUUAGUCUGGUGGGGACCGAUGAGAGAAGACCGGCUGGCCCUAAGCAUGGUCAUUGUUCAGUUUGUUUGUGGUCUGUUUGGUCUCUUUGUGCGACAUUGUCUUGCAUUGCUGGUCUUUCGCGAGGACAACCGAGCGUUUCGAUAUGCAGUAUAGAAUAGAACGAUUGGUUCGAAACAUGAUCAUUCUAUGGAGCUUGAGCGGGUAUUAUGUGUAUUAGUUUUUAUUAGAUAGAAUAGGUUGCAAUGGC